GUCACCCUGCCUGCAGCCUGACCGUGCAUGUUAAGUCGUCGCGUCGAGGUGAGAGGUAUGCGGUAACUCUUUUGCGGAUUUCUCCAAAUCUAAUAAGCAAAGAUAGAAAAAAAAGCUGAAUUGUGAUGGAUCGACUACUGAGAUUGGGUAAUGGAAUGCCAGGCAUGGGUGGACCAGGUGGAGCCAGUGAUGCUCCAGUUGUCGACACAGCAGAACAGGUCUAUAUCUCAUCACUAGCACUAUUGAAGAUGCUGAAGCAUGGAAGAGCUGGAGUUCCAAUGGAAGUGAUGGGUUUAAUGUUAGGAGAGUUUGUUGAUGAUUACACAGUCAGAGUCAUUGAUGUCUUUGCAAUGCCACAAUCUGGAACGGGAGUAAGUGUGGAAGCAGUGGAUCCAGUAUUUCAGGCAAAGAUGUUAGAUAUGCUCAGGCAAACAGGCAGACCAGAGAUGGUAGUUGGUUGGUACCACUCCCACCCUGGCUUUGGAUGCUGGUUGUCCGGUGUCGACAUCAACACACAACAGAGUUUUGAGGCAUUAUCAGACAGAGCUGUGGCAGUAGUCGUUGACCCGAUACAGAGUGUGAAGGGUAAAGUGGUCAUCGAUGCGUUCAGACUCAUCAAUACUAACAUGAUGGUGCUGGGGCAGGAACCGAGACAGACGACCUCCAACUUGGGUCAUCUCCAGAAACCAUCUAUACAGGCACUCAUACAUGGCUUGAAUCGUCACUACUACUCCAUUGCUAUCAACUACAGAAAGAAUGAACUCGAACAGAAGAUGCUGUUGAAUCUGCACAAGAAGAGCUGGAUGGACGGUUUAACUCUGAGAGACUACAACGAGCAUUGUAAGCUGAACGAGAAGACAGUCAAGGAGAUGCUGGAUCUUGCUAAGAGCUAUAAUAAGGCAGUGGAGGAAGAGGACACAAUGACCAAGGAACAGCUUGUUGUCAAAAAUGUUGGCAAGUUGGAUCCUAAGAGACAUCUUGAGGAACAUGUUGAAGUCUUGAUGACUGCCAAUAUUGUGCAGUGUGUUGGUGCCAUGAUGGACACUGUUGUAUUUAAGUAACAAGUUGCUUACAUGUAUAUCAAUCCUUGGAGGACCACAAAGAUGGCGGCGGAAUGCAAAAGAUCUAAAACUUGUUAGGAAUGUGUCAGUUGUCAAAGUGUUCUGCUGAACUUGGGUCUACAAAAUCACCAACUACGCGCAUGUUGUGUAUUUGGUAUCCUUUGAAAGGGUCAUUUUAAAACAACGUGUAAAUUCUUUCACAUUGCAAAAGGUUUGUGUUCCGUGAUGGCAAGUGAAACAAAAGAUAAUUUCCUCUAUAACUUAUUCAAGAUGGAGUGUUCUACAUUGAAGAUUCCUCUUGAGCCUCGCAACAUUCUUUUUUGGAUUUCAGACCUAUGUGACUGCUUAUCUCUAUGAAAUACGUACUGGCAACAUGGACAUUUUUGUCAAGCUUAAAAUUCUCUUAACUUGCCUUUUUGAGGAGUAUACAAUUCCAACAACUGUGAGAAAAAUAACAAAACUGUGGUGAGUCCAUCGGCUUUACUAAUCUAUGUGAAAAAGAAUCACCAAAAAAAUCUUAGAUUGCCAGAAGAUUCCACCUCAGUGCCCAAUUUCUUGUACAUGAAUCUGCAAUGCAGUGGGCGAGUUUGUACGUCAAUUAAAUUUGAAGCAAAGUUUGAGGUAGGCAGUUUUUUCACAAAACUCAAUUGCUUGGAAUUUUUGAUGAAGUCAUUUAUUAAAGUAAAACCCAGCAUCUGCUAGUGUUUUUUUUUUGACUGAGAAUAGUAAAGUAUAAAAUGAUGCAAUGUAUGCAGCGCAGGUAUAAAAUAAAACCAUUCUGAAUU